UAGUGAGCUGGGUUUCCCUCUGAACGUAUAUGCGAGGCUCUCCAGUGUGUAUGUGAUCAUCGCGAUCAUCAUCGAGCCCAGCUAGGUCCGUUCCCACACCGGUUCGUGUUAGUCGCGUCGAGUUCGUGGAGUCAAACGGAGGAAUAUUCUUUGAUCGCGAGCUGCGUGCGAAGGCAAAUUGUGUGUGAGUGUUGUUCUACCAUAGGAAGGUGUAAAUCUGACUGCAUUGUUGGGAGACCGAUGGAACAAUGACGCUAAUCGAGAGAAUCUGCAUUUUGGGCUUGCUACUACUGAUCGCGGUGGUGGAUGGCCAACAAACUUGUACCACACCAGAUGGGAAAGUUGGAACUUGUAUUCUGCUGCGAACGUGUAAUACCUUGUUCACACUGAUCAAGAAGAAACCUCUGCUACAGGAAGAUCGUAUCUUCCUCAGCCAAAGCCAGUGUGGAUGGUCCAUGGAAGAGAAUCAUCCGUUGGUAUGCUGUGAUAAUCUGCUGGAUACCCCCAUUCGUGUUGGGGAAUCCUUCCUGCCACCGGUUGGAGUCUGCGGUGUUCAAACCAGUGAUCGGAUCGUGGGUGGUGUCAACACCAAAAUCGACGAAUUUCCUUGGCUGGCGUUGCUCAAGUAUGCUAAACCAAACGAUUUAUUCGGGUUCCACUGCGGCGGAGCGCUUAUCAAUGAUCGUUAUGUUGUCACCGCAUCGCACUGCGUCAACGGAAAAGAUAUUCCAACCACCUGGAAUCUCGCUGAAGUCCGUCUUGGAGAAUGGGAUACAUCUACCGCACAGGAUUGCGAAGGUCUCGGAGUGGACACUGACUGCUCACCGGACCCGAUCGACGUGCCGAUCGAGCGCAAGAUACCCCAUCCGGACUAUAAUCCUCAAGCCGUAGAACAGUACAACGACAUUGCUUUGCUCCGGAUGGCACAUCGCAUUACAUACACUGACUUUGUCAAACCGAUCUGCUUACCCCGGACGCAGGAUCUCAGGGUGAAGGAAACUGUCGGACAGAAGUUCCAGGUUGCCGGAUGGGGUAGAACGGCCACGGAGCGGUACAGUACCGUCAAACAGAAGGUCGGCGUUGAUGGCAUAGAUCUACAACAAUGUAACUCAGUGUACCAGCAGGAGCGAGUUACCCUGCUUGAUCGGCAGCUUUGCGCUGGAGGACAAGUGGGCAAGGAUUCCUGCCAAGGUGAUUCCGGCGGUCCGUUGAUGGGUGUGUCGCAGAAUGCCAACGUUCAGUAUUGGUAUCUGGUGGGUUUGGUGUCGUUCGGACCAACUCCCUGUGGACAGCAAGGAUGGCCAGGCGUGUAUACCAAUGUAGCCAAGUAUGUUGACUGGAUAGAAGAAAACUUGGAACAGUGAAACUUAACGUUUAAAUGAGAUUUUUUAAUUAUAACGAGCAAUAAAUCGAUGAUGUGCACUCAA